AUGUCUACUGACGAUGAUAUCACAGAGGAAGAUUUCGAAGAAGAAAUAGAAGAUCAAUGUGCCGUAUAUUGCUUUGGAACCGAACCAAACAGGACUUACAGUGGAAUUAAGAUGGACAAAUUAGAUAAACUCUUCGAUUCUGACCAAGACGAUGGCCAUAUCAUCUUGCGUCCCAAUACAGUCCUUCAUCACAGAUAUCAAAUCAAAACAAUGAUAGGACGUGGAACAUUCUGCUUAGUUUGGCUUGCUUAUGAUUAUUUAAGAUGUGAAAAUGUGGCGAUCAAAGUACUAAAGAGAUUAUAUGAUGAUAAUCAAGAUGAUUCUCAAUUCGAAGAUGAGCUCUUGAUGAAUCUUUAUCUUUCAGGUCUUGACGAUACAUCUAAGCAGAUCACUCAUUUUUACGACGUUUUUUACUACGAAGAUCACUGCUGCUUCGUAUUAGAACUAGUUUCACAGAACAUUUUAACAUUCAUUAACUAUUUCGAUGAUAUUUAUGUUCCAAUUCCUCUUAAACUUAUCAAAAAAAUUGUUGCCGAUACUCUCAAAGGACUCAAUUUCAUGCACAAGAACGAAACAAUCCAUACAGACUUAAAACCAGAAAACGUUUUUGCAGAACGACCAAUUUUCCCUUAUGAGCCGUUUUCAGAAGAUGAUACACGAGAAGUAUUCAAUUGCCUUGAAGACGAUGAAUCAACAAUCAAUUUCAAGCUCGGAGAUUUCGGAAAUAGUUGUUUCGCAGACAAUAUACUUAACGAUUUGAUACAAACCAGGCAGUACAGAUCCCCGGAAGUAUUACUCGGCUUACCAUAUACAAGUUCUGCCGAUAUUUGGUCCUUAGCCUGUAUGACCUUUGAAUUAGCCACUCGCCAUCAUUUAUUUGACCCAGUUUUAUCAGAUUCUGAUAAAGAAGAAACCCCAAAGAACAGAGAUCUCUUUGAUGCCGUUCAUCUUUCAAUGAUUGAAUCAGUUCUCGGUCAGAUACCAAGAGAUUGGGCUCGUAACGGCAAACUCUAUCCAUCUCUUUAUAAUAGGCACGGUGAAUUAAUAGCAACAUACCACAAGCAGUUACCUUGCUUAUAUAAUUUGCUAAUUAAGCAUGGCUUGAAUGAACAAGACGCUGCAGAACUUACUGAAUUCUUAGAGCCAAUGCUAGCUAUUAUUCCUAAGCAAAGGCCUACUGCGGAACAGUUGUUAGAUUCUCCUUGGUUGUAUAUGGUUUAA